AUGGCCGCUAGCUGGUUUUGCCCUCCAGACCAGAAGUCGCUCUACCAAGUAGUUGAAAGCUUCAAGAGCACUAAACGGACGAUCCGAGAACUCCGAGAAGAGCUCGAGGCCCUGAGUCAAGCUCUUGAUGCACUACAACAGGUGACCGCAGAUAACGAGGCUACGUUGGUUGCAUUGAAGCUACCUUUGCUGCGGUGCGGUAUAUUUGGGGGGGGGGAUAUCACGAACCUCAAGAUCACACUAGCAGGUUACAAGGCUACCAUCAGUAUUGCUCUAAGGGGUGCAACCUUUCGCCAAGCCGCUGUCACCAUCAAUGUUCUUAAUGAAUACAAGCAGAUGAUCGCGGAAGCAACUUCCGAUCUCCAAGAUCACUUACAAGAAAUGGAAGAAAGGGUGAAGACACUCCAGUUACCUGACGGACCUGUUCAAAAUACGGAUAUUUUGGAGCUGAGAGAAAUUAAAGAGGAAAAGGAAAGCACAGAGCAGUUUCUCGUGAUCUGUGCCCAGGUCUCUAAUUAUAUAGAGGGCAUCCCACCGCGCCUCCCACGCGAUAGCCAUGCUGAUGGAAGGAUACUCCUGGAACAUGAAACGGCUGCUGGUUCCGAUCCUCACCGAGCGCAGAAGAUGACAGGCACCAUACUCGCAGACUUCAAAAGCAGACUUGCUACAAACUCGGCAGAACUUAAGGCCCGGCUGAAGGAGCCGAAUGACAGAUUAAAAGCCCUUUCACAACAGGGUGUGGAAAUAUCGAAUGAAGGUGCUGCCGAGCUAAAAUACAUCAAGGAAGAAAAAGACAGCGUUGCCCAAUGUCUGGCAAUUUGCGCCGACACGUGUAAUCUGGCGGAAAGUGCCCGGACCAAUGAAUUCGAGGAUAUCGUUUCAGCUGACAAUUCGCAUCAACUGGUUGUGUAA